CACGCAGCGUCAUUGCUGACUCCCCCGCUAAGCGCAGUGGGAGGUGGGAAGGCCAAGCCGGAAGUGGGAUUAAUAAGGCGGCAGGCACUUCCUGUUCGCUUGUAUGAGGAGACUGGAGAAGGAAGCGACAGGAGUGGCGGCGGAGCUGUGACCUAGCGGUCGGCCCCGUCAGCAAGAAGAGGAAAUAUGAAAACUGGCUGUAGCAUUGGGGAAAAGCCUAAAGGAGGGGGAGGGUACCACUUUCCAGACUGGGCGUACAAGGCGGAGUCAAGUCCUGGCUCCCGACAGAUUCAGCUAUGGCAUUUUAUCUUGGAACUGCUGCAGAAGGAGGAAUUUCGGCACGUUAUUGCCUGGCAGCAAGGGGAAUAUGGAGAGUUUGUGAUCAAGGACCCGGAUGAAGUAGCCAGGCUGUGGGGCCGGCGCAAAUGCAAACCUCAGAUGAACUAUGACAAGCUGAGCCGAGCGCUAAGAUAUUAUUACAACAAGCGGAUCCUGCAUAAAACAAAAGGAAAGCGUUUUACCUACAAAUUUAACUUCAACAAGCUGGUUAUGCCCAAUUACCCGUUCAUCAACAUCCGGCCCAAUGCUGUUCCUCAGAGUGCUCCGCCAGUUCCAACCGCAUCCUCGCAUUUCCACUUCCCCCCGCUAGACUCCCCCAGUGAAGAUGCCCAAGGAAGCCGUUUCUCGGGGAACUCCACCGCGCAGUCCAGCCGCGAGUCUUUGAAUGAGGUCGCUGAUCGCAAGGCAAACUCUUCGGAACAAGAUGACAUUUCCUCCGAUUGGCGUCGCAGCGCAGACCUCAUGGCCCCUCGGAAUCCUGUGGGUCUAAGCCAUCCUGCUCUUCAGAAGCACAAAUCGGAUCUGAUGCUCCCUGUUUUUCCAAUGCCGGGAAUGUAUGCAGACCCCCACAGUCCCUUUGCAUUGUCCCCUCUUCCUGGGCGUGGUAGCAUCCUGAAUGUACCCAUCUCGCCUGCCUUAUCUCUGACUCCGACUGUCUUUUCGUAUAGUCCAUCACCGGGUCUGAGCCCAGCUUUCCAAAGCGGCAGCUGCUUUAACUUCAACCCUGAAGAGAUGAAACACUACCUGCAGGCCCAGGCUUGCUCUGUAUUAAACUACCACCUCAGUCCGCGGACUUUACCGAGAUACCCUGGUUUCAUGAUGCCCCCACGUCAGCAUCUUUAUCCUCCAGAGGAGCAGUCCUCAUUCCCCAUCAAGUUGCAGCCUCCGCCAAUGGGACGCAAACACAGAGAGCGUCAUCAGAGCCAAGAGGAGACCCAGACUCCUCCACAGCAAACUCCCGUUGUAACUGCUAUGAAGGUCGAGCCUGUUUCUGAUGAUGAGCGAACCUCUGAUGAGGAUCUAGACACUUCAGACCCCGCAGAGAGAGAUUUCCACAGCGAUGAGGAAGAAGACUCCUUCUCUCCAAGAGAAGACCCUAGUAAGUCGGGGCAUAAAUUUAUCAAGCCCGCUACCCCAUCUUGGACCGCAGUUUCAUCCGCAUCUUCCAGACCUUCUUAUCCUUAUGCGGCUGCAGUAGAUCCUUCCGAAUCUAGCGACAGAGCAGCGAAGGACAUUUCUGUGGAUGUGGCUACAGUGGAAAAGAAAGAAGACUCUCUCCCGCCAAAGCUGCGUCUCAAGCGCAUGUGGAACGGCGACCGUCAGAUGGAGGUUGCGGAGGACAGAGGAGGAGAGAGCAGGAAAGUCAGCUGCAUUGUUAAUGGUCUCAGGUCUCCAGUCAUCCCCGCCGAAAACAAGGCAGUGGCUGCUGUGGCUGAUUAUUAGUCAUGGGAAUUUUAUUUUUUUAAUGAUCUAAUCCCGUUCAUGUAGCCAUUGCUACAGGAUGGUCGUUUUAUCGAUUUCCAAACUUUCCUAACAGCUGACCCAUAUUUAGUAUUUUUUUUUUUUUCCCUCUUUGAGCAUUCAGGGAGAACAAUACCUCUUAUACACAGGAAAUGACUCAACAGUACGGACCUGAGUUUCUCUUUUUUCGCUUUAUAUUUUGCCUUUACUGGUGGUGACGUAAAACAUUCAGCUGUUUUUUUCUUUUUAGUAAGAGCAUUUUGCUUUGUGGUUUUGCAGCUCUCUGCUUCAGAUAAAAUAAUGGCCUAGGAAAGCAUUUGGAAUGGAAGAAUCUUGCACUUGGCUUUUCAGUUCCGGUCUUUGGGUUAUUUAUACCUUUUAUUAAGGAUGUUUUUUUUCCCAUUUUUCUGGAACAUUUUUGACUGCUUUAGUCAUAUUAGCCCGGACAACCGGAAAUUUUAUUACUCAACCGAAUGGAUUUUGAAUAGUAGUGUAAAGAUCUGUGUCAACUAUAUACCCCCCCCCCCCCCAUCAUGAUUUAAUAGGUUCACUGGUAAGCUCAUGUACCAAACAUCCAUCAAGUUUAAUCCAGCAGUACUAUCUACAAAUAUACCUCCUGUGGUCCAGCCACUCUUUUUCUUUUUGCCUGUAGGAAAAAUAUUUAUUGCUUCAGCCUUGUCACUUUCUAUAGAAACCCUGCCGUCGCAGUGACUCAGUGUUUGUGUGCUGAAUAAUUCCUGACGGGAAGUCGAGGAAGCGCAGCUUGCGGGUUUUAUGACCUACAGGAAGGAGAGUUUAAAGAAAUGGCGGAAGGUGAGGAGAAAUAUAACGGGAGAGCCUUGUUCUCAGUUGUUGGGAUUUUCCCACACCGCCGCCAGUGUAUACACCUAAACACACAUGCAUCUAAAUCUGGUGUGUUAAAGGGGUUGUUCACCUUUGUAGAGAUUGCUAUUCUGAGACAAUUUGCAAUUGGUCUUCAUUUUUUAUUUGAAUUUCUGUUCUGCAGUUUUCGAGUUUUAACAGAUAUCUGGUUGCUAGGGUGUUGCUUACCAUAGCAACCAGCUAGCUGUUUGAAUGAGAGAUUGGUAUAUAAAUAGGAGAGGGCCUAAAUAGUAAAAGAAAGUAUCAAUAACAAUAAAACUGUAACCUCACAGAGCAGUAGUUGUUGCUACCGGGGUCAGAUAAUUUAAAAACGAUUGAUAAUGAAGACCAAUUGAAAAGUUGCUUAGAAUUGUCCAAUCUAUAAUACUAAAAGGUUACUUAAAGGUGAACCACCCCUUUAGACAUUGGAUUUGAUUAAAAAAAAACAACCCAUAUUCAUUCUAUUCUCUCUAGAUAUUUAUAAAGAUAUAUAUGUUUAUAGAGAGAGACCUGCUUUAACUUUUUAUAUCGCAAGUUUGUCGGAUUCAACUACAUUCACCCAAAAUUCUAGGUGUCGUUUUCCCCAAAACAUUUUAUAUCAUAAAUGAGAUUCCACAACAUUGUCACUUUUUUUUUCCCCCCCUCACCUGUGUUUUUUUGUAUAUAUUCAACUGAAUGAACUCAUGUCAAAAAGGGGGGUUUAUUUUUCCUUUUUAAGUACCUGCCAAAUCUUGUUUGGUUUGGCCAUAAAUUUGACUUUGUAGCGCUAUUAAGUUGCCUGUGCCUCAGGGACUGAUGAAUCAUUAUGGUCUGCGGCCGGUGUAGUGUGAGAGCCCUUGUUUAUGUCUGCCUGCAGCCUUGUGGGUCAAACCCUACCUAGGCAGGUACGUAGCUCAUACCAGGGUCACUUGAAAAAUCAGUAUAUACGGGCUCUGUUGCAUGUUAGUGUCCCUGCUGGGGCCCCGUAAACUGACUGGAAUCUAUCAAAUAUGCCAGGUUGUUCCAAAGGGGUUGUUCACCUUCUGAGUUAACGUUUAUUAUGAUGUAGAGAGUAAUAUCCCGAGACAGUUUGCAAUUGGUCUUCAUUUUUUAUUGUAUAGGACCCGUUAUCCAGAAUGCUCGGGACCUAGGGUAUUCUGGAUAAGGGGUCUCUCCGUAGUUUGGAUCUUCAUACCUUAAGUCUAUUAAAAAAAAUUAAUAAAACAUAUCUUAGUUUGGAUCUAAUACAAAGCACUGUUUUUUAUUUUUACAGAGAAAAAGGAAAUCGGUUUUAAAAAAUCUGAAUUAUUUGAUUAAAAUGUAGCCUAUGGGAGACGGGCUUUCCGUAAUUCGGAGCUUUCUGGAUAAUGGGUUUCCGUAUAAGGGAUCCCAUACCUGUAUGUAGUGGAUUUUUUUUUUUUUUUAUCGUUUCAGUGUUUGUUCAGCAGCUUUGCAGUUUGGAGUUUUAAGCAGCUAUCUGGUUGCUAGGGUCCAAAUUACCUUAGCAGUCAGCAAGCAGUUUGAAUAAGAAACUGGAAUAUGAAUAGGCGAGGGCCUGAAUAGAAAGAUAAGUAAUAAAAAGUACCAAUAAUAAUAAAACUGGAGCCUCACAGAACAAUAGGUUUUUGGCUGCCGGGGUCAGUGAUCCCCAUUUGAAAGCUGGAAAGAGUCAGAAAAGAAGGCAAAUAAUUUAAAAACUAUAUAUAAAAAAAAUAAUAAUGAAGACCAAUUGAAAAGUUGCUUAGAAAUGGCCAUUCUAUAACAUACUAACAGUUAACAUAAAGGUGAACCGCCCCUUUAAGAUUGAGUUGCCUUUAUUAAGAAUAUACAAGAUCCCUACCGCUUUUCUCAAGUUGGUAUUCAAACCAAAGCUUCCCCAGAAUAACCAUGCCUGUUUUAAAAAGAAGAACCUGUAAAUAUAUAUAUAUUUUUAUUGGUGAAUUUGUAUUUUUCUAAGCAAAGCUACAAAUAUUUUAUUAAAGCAAGAAUGUAGUUAAUUGGAUUAUGCACGUAAUUGCCUCUCGUUCCAUAGUGUUAGAGAGACAGUCGUCUCGUGGUUUCUUCCUGCUGCUGCUAUUCUAUCUGUCUCUGCCCUGGGUGUGCUGCUCUAACAGGUUGUUCCCAUCCUGCCCCAAACUGCCCCAAGCUUCCUGUGCUCCCAUCCAGGAAUGCAGUCAGACCUGUCCCCUUGGCUUGUACAAACAUCCCCUUUCAUUUCCUCGUAUGAAAUGAUUCCCGCUGAUGCAAAUUCUAGCUCAUACGUACGUGUUUUUAGAGCGUAGAACCAUAAUAAGGACUUGGCAAUCCCCCGCUUUUAUUAAAAGCUCAAUGCGACAUGAAAAGAAAAUUGUUUUUACGUGCACACUUUGAAAACAUGGCUGCCCAAACCCAUUCAAAACAGGCUAUAGUCAUUGUACACUCCCUAUAAGUCUCUUCUGAAUGGUUAGCCGGCAUACCAAGGAGUUAAAGGACAAGCAAACCUAAAAUCUCUGGGGUAUUCCGAGUCGUCAGUGCCUGCAGUGAUUCUCAUUGCUCAAAGCCAGUCUUAGGGUACCUCUGCCAGUUCCAAUAGGGUAUGUGUGCAGUACGGAAAUCUCAGGCUGGGGGAUACUAGGGAGGCCAAAAAAAGAUGGCUGGGGGGGAGACACUUGGCAUAAAGUGCCUCAGGUCGUUUGGUUGCUAUGGGUUACUAGACUUACCUGGAGCAAGUUGUAUGUGUUAUUUCAUAGCUUCUAAUCAGCACUAGUUGGAUGGGGCAUAAGGGUUAUCCUGAUUGGCCUUAGGGAGAAUUUCAAUAAAGUAUAAACCAACUUUUAUUGGCUCCCUUUAUAAUUUCACACUUUUAUUAUUAUUAUUUAUUUUUUUUUUUUUUUAAAUGAAGGCUUUACCUGAAUAUUUGGUUAUAGGUCUGACUUCACGACUUAAACCCAGGCACUUAGGUAGGUUAGGAGGUGGCAUGAAGCAUUAAGGGCUGCCCAUGUAAAUGAUAGAUCCCAUAGUGGGAGCGAUUGCCUUAGUGACGCCUUCCAUGAGUAGAUUUUCCUCUACAAGCUUCUGGUUGAAUUGGAAUAUUAUUUCCUGCCCUAAUAGGGGCUCCUAUUAUAUUAAUGUAGUGCCCUUCCCUCUACUGGAAUCAUUGCCCUUUCUGCUAAGUGGCUUUUAACCUUCCCAUUAUAGAAAACAUGGCUGCUGCUAUAGCUCUUACUGUAUUUACAAUGCCGUUUAUUUUUAGAAAUGCAACAACAAAGACGCUCCAGUUUAACUCUGAGCAACCUCAACAUCUCAGGUACCCGUAAUAUUUACCUCUUGUCUGAGAAAUGAUCGGGGGCAGCCGCCUCUAGGGAAGCGCCAUCAUUUCUUAGGCCUAAAACAAGCGAGGGACACUUAAUCCAGAGUGUUGGUUAUCAUAGUACUGCUGAAUUAAACCUGCUCCAUUCAUUGCCUUCACAGCAUUGAGUGAAAUGUUUUAUUUCAGUUACCAAAACCUUCUGAAAAUUCACCAGGUAACUGCAUAUUUAUAUAUAUACUCAGGAACAGUGUGUGCAUCAGGGGGUUGUGUAACCUUUACUCCACAAUGCAACUGUAUUGACCGGGGUAAUUCAACCUCCCCUAUUCAUGUUCCAGUCUGCCCUUCAAUCCUCUACCUGGUUGCUAGGGUAAGUUGGACCCUAGCAACCAGAUAGCUUCAAGCUGGAGAGCAGCUGAUCAAAGUUGAAUUUUAAUAUGCCGGGCAAAAGCAGUUGUGGUGUUCAUUAUCCCCCGGUGUGAGUUAUUCCCUACUGGAAUAUGAGUUUACUGUUAAAUCCAUGAUACCCCUUUAUGCUAACCCAAGUGCCAGAAUAAACAAACUAUAUAUAUUUAUAGAGA